GUUGCAAAGUAUUUAAUAAAAUUCAUUCACACAAUUUUUAGAUAUUUUUAUUCUCCAAUUGAAAGCUUUUAAUCAACAUUUUUUAAGCGGGACUUUGUGAAAGACCCUUAUAAUGGGUGAUGUUGACAGAUGGAUAGAGGUAGUGCAGGACUGUCGAUAUUUGCCGGAGAAUGAAUUGCGUAAGCUGUGCGAGAUAAUAUGCGACAUACUACUCGAGGAGGCCAACGUGCAACCGGUCAGCACGCCGGUGACUGUCUGUGGGGAUAUACACGGUCAGUUCUACGAUUUGCAGAAGCUUUUCAGCACAGGCGGCGAGGUGCCUGAUACGAAUUAUAUAUUCAUGGGCGACUUUGUGGAUCGGGGCUACUAUAGUCUGGAGACGUUCACCAGGCUGCUGACGCUCAAAGCACGCUAUCCCAGCCAAAUAACUCUGCUGCGUGGCAAUCACGAGACGAGGCAGAUUACCAAAGUCUAUGGCUUCUUUGACGAGUGCUUCAGCAAGUACGGCAAUGUGAAUGGCUGGAAGUACUGCUGCAAUGUCUUUGAUUUGCUUACAAUUGCAGCGAUUAUCGAUGAGGAAGUGCUGUGCGUACACGGCGGACUCAGUCCGGAGAUUGUGACCUUGGACCAGAUGCGCACAAUCGAUCGCAACGGGGAAAUACCUUAUAAGGGUGCCUUUUGCGAUCUGGUGUGGUCCGAUCCAGAGGACAUUGAGGCUUGGGAUCAGAGCCCACGCGGUGCCGGCUGGCUGUUUGGCCACAAAGUGACCAACGACUUCAUGGCCAUCAACAAUCUUAGUCUGAUCUGUCGUGCCCAUCAGCUGGUCGAUGAUGGCCUCAAGUACAUGUUUGAGGAGAAGUUGGUUACUGUUUGGUCUGCACCCAACUAUUGCUAUCGUUGCGGCAAUGUGGCUGCCAUGCUUAGCUUUAUGACGGCUAGGGAACGCUUUGCACAUAUCUUUCUAGCCGUGCCAGAUGCUGAACGUGUAAUUCCCAAACGCAAUGCCACGCCCUACUUUCUGUAACCUACAGCCUAUGAAGCGAAGCAGCACACAAUAGAAACAGAACCUACACUCUCACUCGCCUACACAGCCAGUUCACAAAUAAACGAAGUGAAAGCAAAAUAUUUAUUGAGUUUGCGGCAUUUACUCGCUUAGGAUAUUUUCUUCCUAUUUUUGUUCGUCAAUCAACCAAAAGAAAUAAAAAAUAAUAAU